AUGGAGAAUGUUGAUUACCAUUACGGGGUUGACGUUAAGGAUAUGAGUUUGGUUCCAGAUCUAAUACUCCAGCUGAAAUUCAAGACUCCAGAAUUUGAAAAGUAUAAUGGGACUAGUUGUCUUAAAGCCCACAUCACGAUGUUCUGCCGAAGAAUGACAAGAUACGUUAAUAACAAUCAACUGUUAAUUCAUUGCUUCCAAAAUAGUCUAAUUGGGUCAGCUGCCAAAAGGUACAACCAACUGAGUCGUGCCAAAAUUCACUCAUGGGAGGACUUGGCACAGAUUUUCAUGAAGCAAUAUGGCCACGUGACAGACAUGGCACCCGACAGAAUCACACUGCAGAAUAUGGAAAAGAAGCAAAGUGAGAGCUUCAUACAAUAUGCCCAAAGAUGGAGAGAGGUAGCAAUACAAGUCCAGCCACCUCUUUUGGAGAAAGAAACCAGGAUUCUUUUCAUCAACACUUUGAAAGCCUCAUUCAUUAACCAUAUGUUGGGAAGCGCUACCAUGAGCUUCUCAGAUAUGGUAAUGUUCAGCGAGAUGAUUGAAAACGAGGUAAGAAGUGGGAAAAUAGAUGUGGGGGAAAGCGUCAAAAGAUCAACACCAAAGAACAAUGAAAAUGAAAUGAAUAACCUGAGCAUGUAUAAUAAAGUGUAUUCCAAAUCAGUCACUUUAGGCCAGCCGAGGGUCGUGACUACUAGCUAUCAAGGCACCUCAAGGCAAGAAUCCAACUCGAGGCCAAACACAGAAAGACUCCAGUUCACACCCAUCCUGAUGACAUAUAGAGAGCUGUAUCAGAAUCUGUUUGAUGUGCAUGUGGUAUCUCCGUUCUACUCAGAACCCGUGCAACCUCCGUUCCCGAAAUGGUAUGAUGCGAAUGCCCAAUGUGAAUACCACGCAGGAAUAACAGGACACUCAAUUGAAAACUGCACUACAUUUAAAAAUUUAGUUGAAAGGUUCAUCAAGAUGGGCAUCAUGAAGUUUGACGAUCCAUCAGGACCUAAUUUGGUAAGAAAUCCGUUACCUAGUCAUUUAGACUCAAGGGUAAACACAAUAAUUGAGAAGGGAGGAAAGAGAUCCAAAACCAAUGUUGCAAAAGUAAAAACCCCACUGGAAUGGGUUUUGAAACAAAUGAUAGGCAUGGGACUAAUCAUUCAGAAUUCAGAGAAAAGACCAAAAGGGAUGAGGCGCUACUGUGAGUUCUACGCUGAAAAAGGUCAUGAAAUCCAAGAGUGCGCUGAAUUCAUAGCAUUGGUGCAGAGCCUAACGGAUAAUAAAAAGUUGGAAUUCCUUGAAGAAUUCAAAGACCCAGAAUGA